AUCAUAAGUAGACAACAGCAAUGGUGAAAUGAAAAAAACACAAAGCCUCUAUCUCUCUCUCGUUUUGUGUUUUCUUGCAAUGGAAUUCGGAAGUAUCCUUCAGUUUCUUGAGAACAAGAAUCUUUUUGUCACUGGUGUAACUGGGUUUCUUUCUAAAAUUUUUGUGGAGAAGAUACUAAGGGUUCAACCGAAUGUGAAGAAGCUUUAUCUUCUUUUAAGAGCUUCAGAUGCUACCUCUGCAAAUCAUCGCUUUCACAAUGAGGUGAUAAGGAAGGACUUAUAUAGAGUUGCGAAGGAAAAAUUGGGUGCAAAUUUUGAUGCUAUUAUAUCCAAAAAGAUUAAUAUUAUUUCUGGUGAUAUCUGUUAUGAGGACUUGGGAAUUAAAGACUCUUCCUUGAGAGAAGAGAUGAAGAAUGAAUUGGAUAUUGUACUUAAUUUUGCAGCCACCACCCGCUUUGAUGAACGAUACGAUAUUGCAUUUGGAACCAACACUAUUGGAGCUAAGAAUGUUAUGUGCUUUGCCAAACUUUGCCUAAAACUAAAGUUGUUUGUUCACAUAUCUACUGCUUAUGUUUGUGGAGAAAGUUCAGGACUGAUACCAGAAAACCCCUAUCGCUUGGGUGAGACACUUAACGGUGUUUCUGGGCUAGAUAUUGAAGAAGAGAAGAAAUUGAUUGAUACCAAAUUAGAUGAACUCAAAGCUGAGAGAGCUACAGAAACAGAAAUUAAACAUGCCAUGAAAGAUAUGGGUAUCAAAAGAGCAAGGAGAUAUGGAUGGCCAAACACUUAUGUGUUUACCAAGGCUAUGGGAGAAAUGCUUGUAGGACACUUGAAAGAAAAUCUUCCUUUGGUGAUCAUACGUCCCUCUAUGAUUACUAGUACUUACAAGGAACCUUUCCCUGGUUGGAUUGAAGGUGCAAGAACCAUCGAUGCAUUAACUCUUAGCUAUGGUAAAGGAAGAUUAACUUUCUUUGUUGCAGGGCCUGCAUUAAUUAUUGAUGUGAUACCAGGUGACAUGGUGGUGAAUGCCAUAAUUGUGGCUAUGGUGGCUCAUGCAAAUCAACCUUGUGAUGAAGUCAUUUAUCAUGUGGGAUCAUCAGUCAGAAAUCCUAUUAGAUGUUCUAGUUUCAAAGAUUACCUCAUUCGCCACUUCACAAAGAAACCAUGGAUCAACCAGAAUGGAAAGCCAGUGAAGGUUGUUAGUAAACCUACCAUGCUCAAUUGCGUCUCCAACUUUCAAAGAUUUAUAAGGAUUCGCUACCUCCCAUUAUUAAAGGGACUAAAACUAGCAAACAUAAUAUCCUGCCAAAGUUUUCAAGGUACAUAUAGCAAUCUGAGUAGAAGAAUUAAACUUGUGAAGCGACUGGUUGAACUAUACCAGCCAUACCUAUUCUUCCAUGGAAUUUUUGAUGAUUUCAAUUUAGACAAGUUAAGAACAGCAGCAGAAGAGAAUGGGAUAGAGACGGAUAUCUUUUUAAUGGAUCCUAAGUUAAUUGAUUGGGAUGAUUAUUUCUUGAAUACACAUAUUCCUGGCAUGGUAAAAUAUGUCUUUUAACUAUAAUUGAAACAGCAAUUAAAUAUUGUUUUUAAAAAAAAAACUGUAAUUAAGUGAGCAAUAUUUUUCUCUUUGGAUUUUACUUUUAAUCAUUAAUGAAAGGUUUGAGGAUUAAUAUGAA